AUCACUACAGCCUGCCUACCCGAAUACGUCCCAUGUUUGGAUGGUUACUUUUGCAUUUCUAACAAGUGGUUAUGUGAUGGAUGGAUGGACUGCUACGAUGAUAGUGAUGAAAAAAAUUGCGGUUUGUAUGUUCUCUGUGCGCCGAACCAGUUCAGCUGUCAGAGCGGCGAUCAAUGCAUCUACCUGUCGUGGAAAUGCGAUCAAAUCAGGGACUGUGCCGACGGAAGUGACGAAACGAACUGCGGUAAG